GUCCCUUCUCAGACCACUUCCUCCAGCUCCUCCUCCUGGUCAGGACGGCGUCCACUGUAGUGAUGGUGGCUCUGCUGCUGCUGCUGGUGUGUCUGCUUCACUGUGGGAAACUCAGAGAUGCAGAUUUUCACAUGGUUCCAUCCAGACUGCAGCUCUUUGAAUAUGAAUCAGUCUCUUUUACCUGUCAGGGGUUUGAUGACCCAGCAGGAUGGAGAGUGAGAAAUGUCAAUGAAUUCACUCCUAAAUGUUUGAAUGGUGCAGCGCCAUCAACAGUGACCUGCACCAUUGACUAUGCCCUUAAAUCAGACAGUGGAGGAUACUGGUGUGAAGGUGGAGGAGGACGGAGAAGCAACUCUGUCAACAUCACUGUCUCUGCUGGUUCUGUGGUCCUGGAGAGUCCUGUUCUUCCUGUGAUGGAGGGAGCAGCUGUGACUCUGCGCUGCAGAAGCAGGAAGCCUUCCUCCAACCUCACAGCUGAUUUCUAUAAAGAUGGCCUCCUUAUUGGGACCAGCCCGACAGGAAACAUGACUAUUCAAAAUGUUUCCAAGUCUGAUGACGGCUUCUACAAGUGUAAAAUCUCUGGAGCUGGAGAGUCAGCAGAGAGCCACCUGAUGAUCAGAGCUGUGGCUCCAAACCCCACAGUUGGGUCUGUCGUCUCUGGAGCUGGAGAAUCAGCAGAGAGCCGACUGACGGUCAGAGCAGCGUCCACGGAUCACUCCGUACACGUCCUCCUCCUCUUUCGCUCUGUCUUCAUCCUUGUGUCGGUGCCUCUGCUGCUGUUGAUGCUGUGA